CACCUGUGACUGAGCAGGAAGGACAAGGCCCUGGGUCCCUCCCAGCAGCCCUCAGGUUGGCCUGGGCCUCAGCUCUUGGAUCAAGGUCACCUUCCUGGGGGAGUGACCACAUGCCCGCUGUCCCUAGCCAUCCUGGCCUGUGGCCUCUCCUGGGCUGCACAGGGGCUGUGCUCCUCCAGGGGCCUGGCGGUGGGGCUGAGCUGGGCCCCCGAGAGACAGGAGACCCCUGGUCAGCGCCAUGUCCUGUGGCUUCACGCCCUCCUCCUCCGGGGUUGUCCUGUCAUCCCUAGAGUACCUGUCCCAUCCUGGUGUUGUUAGAGUCGGGUCUGUCCCCUCAGGCUGUGGCCCGUCAUCUGGUACAUGGUCCUCUGUCCCUUCCGCACGCGCUUGUUCCGGGCAGUGGUCACAAAUCCCCGUCUCCUCUUCCCCCGUGGGGUCUCCCACCUUCUCUGACAUCCGCGCCCACAGGAGGCCCCGAUGGUCCCUGUCAACCAUCUCAUUUCUUUUCUUUCUCAUCAACGUCAUGUGGAGACGUGGUCAACGCUCCAGUGUCCCGGACCUGCCUGGGAAAGCGGCUCUGCACUACGGGGGCUCUAAGGAGACUGUGGGGUCUCCACCCAGUGCUGAGGACAGCGGCCCUUGGACCCCAAAUGCAGACAAGGACGAGGGAAGAGAAGAAGAGCCCAGAAGGAUAUGCCCCAUGGAUGGGGACACAGCGUUGUCAGUCACACAGCAGACUGUGAAACAACACAAAGUUCCUAUAUUCCUCCACAAAGUCAGCCCAUGCAGUGCUUUCCAGGUCUGUGUGGAGUCCCAUUUCCACCCGGGCGAGCGCUCUCCUUGAUUUGAUAACUGAAAUGGGCAGAUUUUGAUCGUUUGUCAACCUGGCCUUCCCCUUUCGCACACGGGACCAGAGCAGCGUUUAGUCUCGCGCAAGUUUCCCCCCUGUCGAGGCAAAGCUUUUCGGACUAGUCCCCCUGAGGCCCCUGGGUAGGAACUUUCCCCCCUGACUGGGAACCACCU